AUGAUUGAUCCGCGCUUCGCUAACGCUGGCGCCAUUCCUCUUGUACCUGGAUUUGGUGCACCCCAAGUGCCUAUGCAAUAUCAUCAUCAUCAUCAUCAUCGCCAUCAUAAAAAUAAAGGUCAAAAUGAUGCAUCACCAGUAAGCCGUGAUGAAUCAAUACAUAAGGUAGAUCAUGGUCAACAUCAUUUUCUACAGAAUAAUGAUAUACCUCUUGGUGGUGGUUAUGGUGUUCCAUAUGGUAUCACUGGCUUUGGUGCUGGUGGUCCAGCUGGUUUUCAUCAACAACAACAAUUUGGUGCUGGCAAUAUUGGAUUUCCUAAUCAAUAUCCAAGUGUUCCUUUUAGUCAAGGCCCCAUAGGUGGUGGUCCUGUAGGUCACGGAGUAAAACAAAAUCGACGACAUCAUCGACAUCAUCGUCAUCAUACUGCUGAAGUAGUAAAUACUGUUGCUCCUGGUAAUCAAGGAAAAGGGGCACCAGAACAAUUAAUUGGUCAACGUUCAUCAAGUGCAGUCCACGAUGAAAGACAACACAUACGUUCACCCAUACCAUUAGUUGAAGGUGGAGUUGCCGGUGAACAAGGUGCUCCUCGUCGUCGUCAUCGUCGUCAUCAUCGUCAUCAUCAUGGUGAACAUGGUAUUUUUGUACAUGCGCAUCAAUGGCGUCAAACUCAAGGUCACACUACAGUUGCUGCUGAUGGUUAUGGUCAUAUUAAUGAGGAUUUGAUCUUCAUCGAACGUGGUGAUCAUAGUCCACAUCGACAAGAACCACCAGCUGGCUAUGAAUACAAAGGUAAAAUUGAAGUUCAAGGCAUUGAUCGAGAAAUUCGAUCACAAUCUCAUGGUCGAAGCAUGAUUACUGCACCGCCUCUUCCAAUAUCUCAACCUAUUCCACCAACUUCAAGCUUUGGUCCUUGUCCACCUGGAUGGCAACAAGUAAUUUUGACAGCUGCUCCUGGUGGACCAAAUCCGCCUGGUACAGUAUCAUACACUGGACAAACGAUAGGAACUGUGGGCGCAACUCAAACAGGAAUAGGUGGUUUUGGUGCAGUUGGAUCGUUUGGACUAGGUGGUUCUGUUGGUGGUUAUGGUAGCGCAGGAACAGGUGUUCCUUUUUCAUCUCAAUGUCAAUUAGUUGCCGAUUAUAUUUUUUCACCAGGUAGUGCUGGUGUUAGUACAUCAGGUGGAAGUGGAUUUACAAGUGGAUAUAGAAAACAUACUAGUACUGCUAUUGUCGAACAAUUUCCAAGUGAACAAGUAAUGGAACGUGUUUCUGGUCGUCCAACAAUUAUUGAAGUUUGGCAAAGACGAUCGAAAUCUGAAAAACGUGAAAAAUCACGUUCAAGAUCUCGAUCUCGGUCUCGUCACCAUUCGCGAACUUCAACGGCAGGUCCAUUAUUUGAUUUCGAACGAUUCCGUAGUGAAAUUCUUUCAGCUAUUGAACGUAUUGUACCACGUGGAGUAUCAGGACCUACUGAAAUACAAUGGACUGGACGUGAUGGUGGUACACAAACUCAAAUUCAUCCAAGUACAGGAGGUGAAACUCGAAUUGAACAUGAAAGACGACAGGAAACAACCGGCGAAGUUCGAGUUAUUGUACAACCAAUUCAACCUGUCUUUUACAUGCCUCGACAAACUGGUGGCACAACAAAAGUAGAAGUUACGCCUCAAAUUGGUCCUGCUCCUGUUGUUCAACAACCAACAACACCUAGUGCACCUAAUGUUGUUUAUGUUCCACGUAAUGUUUACGUACCUGUUAUUAAACCUGUUUUUGUUCCACGUGAACGUGUCAUCGUACGUCCUCAAGUAAUACAUGUUGCUCGACCUGUACUUGUUGAUCGUCCAGUACCUGUUACACAACGACCAAUCAUCAUAGAUCGUGAACGACCUAUUCCUGUACCAGUACGUGGUGGAGGUCAAGCAGCAGCACAAACUGGUGGUUCAAAAGUUGUUCGAGAAGAAUAUGUUUAUCGAGAUAAUUUACCUGUUGCUUACGGUGGUCGUUGUCCUGAAUUUGCUGGUGGUGUUAAUUAUGGUUAUAUGCCUACACAACAAGAACAUCAAUAUGCAUCUAGUUCAACUCAUGAAGCAUCGAAUAUUUAUCAAAGACAAGCACCAAUUAUUAAUGUAAAUGUUCCAAAUCAAUUUCAACGUAGUCAUUCGGCUUCUCAAUUUGAAGGGCAACAAGGUAUUUGUAAAACUUUUCAUGGAUCAUAUACGGAUUUAGCUGGAACAACUGGCUCAUAUACCACUGGUAUUAAUAAUGAUUAUUUAGCUGCACAACAAGGACAACCAUAUGCAGCUAGUUCAACACAUGAACCUGGAAAUAUCUAUCAAACAGAAGGUUCAAUUGUUAAUAUAAAUGUUCCAAAUCAAUUUCAACAUAGUCAAUCGGCUUCUCAUCUUGAAAUACAACAAGGUGGUCUUAGUGGUAGUAGUGGUCGUAGUUUUCAUGGUUCAUAUUCGAAUUUAGUUGGAGCAAAUAAUCCUGUAGGUGUUAAUGUUGGUCAACAUAAUCAAGAUAUCCUUCGACAAACAUUCGAACAAACAGCUCAAUUUUCAGGUAUACCUCCUCAUGGUCCAACACAAAUCGAAGUACUCGAUGCAGCUGUUAAUCCUUGUUGGCAAAAAACGGAUCAAUCAACAUUAAUGCGUCGUUAUGGUCGUCCGGCAUUUGAAAUAGUUCAUAAAAGCGAAGAAGUUGAACAACAAAUGUACCAUGAACUUCGUCAACGAGCAAGUACUAGUGGCAUUGUAAGAUCGACUUCAACAGCUAGUUAUGGAUCGGGUUCCGGUAUAGGUGUUAGUGGUGGUGGUAUUGCUCAAUAUUAA